AUGACGGUAACUUACUCGCGGAGGGUUGCUGACGCGGGGCUAGGGACCUUCUCUCAUCUGCUCCUCCGAUGGAACCGAAGCAUCUACAAGCUGCUGUGGAGAGAACUGAUCAUCUUCACUACACUGUACUACUCCUUCAGCAUCAUAUACAGGUUUGUGUUGAAUGAGGGUCAGAAGAGGCUGUUUGAGAAGCUGGCCAUCUACUGUGACCGUUACGCAGAACUCAUCCCUGUGUCCUUCGUAUUGGGUUUUUAUGUGACUCUGGUGGUGUCUCGGUGGUGGGGUCAGUUUGAGAGUGUUCCCUGGCCGGACCGUCUGGGUGCGCUGGUGGGCGCUCACAUCCGUGGUACCGACGAGAGCGCCAGGCUGACCCGCCGGACCCUGAUGCGGUACGCCAACCUGUCCGGCGUGCUCAUCUACCGAUCGGUCAGCACGGCAGUCUACAAGAGGUUCCCCACCAUGAAGCACCUGGUGCAGGCAGGCCUGAUGACAGCAGAGGAACAUAGGCAGUUGGAGGAGUUGCCCUCACCUCAUAACAAGUUCUGGGUUCCUUGUAUGUGGUUUGUUAACCUGGCGCUGAGGGCCCGCACCGAGGGACGCAUCAACAAUGAUGUGGCGCUAUCAGCCAUUCUCAAUGAAUUAAAUACAUUGCGGACACAGUGUAUGAAGCUAUACAGUUAUGAUUGGAUCAGCCUACCCCUUGUGUACACCCAGUCUGACUUCUACCUGCCUGUCUUCACCCUGCUACAGUUCUUCUUCUAUGGUGUGGCAGAACAGCUGAUAAACCCGUUUGGGGAAGACGAUGACGACUUUGAAACCAACUAUCUGGUUGAUCGUAAUCUACAGGUGUCCCUGCUGUCUGUGGAUGAGAUGUACGACACUAUCCCAUUGGUAGAGAGGGAUAAGUACUGGAACGAAUCAGAGCCCCAGCCUCCAUACACUGCAGCCAGUGCAGAGCAUCGCAAACCUUCCUUCAUGGGCUCUGCCCUGGACAUCAGUGUUCCCAAAGAGGAGAUSGAGUUCCAGUCCAACCUGGAGCAGAUCAAGGAGCAUGAGGAGGCCAACCACUCUACUCCUCUCCUGGGGGGUCUGAGUCGCUUCCUGGGGGUUCAGUCCCCCGUCUUCCCCCGCUCCUCCACCUCCUCCCGGGUUUCUCUCCUGCGCCGGCGCCCAGGGGCUCCAUUCAGCCGCUUCCCCCUCUUCCUGCACUCUGAGGGGGACGCCUCAACGCCAAGCCACGGCCCUGGUCCCCGCCACGACUCCAGCCACCCGGACUACGCCUUCUCCUCCAUGCCGCUGUACGAGAGGUCCGGCUUCUAUAGCUGUCCACAGACCCCCAUCCACUGUGUUCCCCCCGCUAUGCCUCGUCCACGGCCCACCCGAGGAACUUACGCCUGGGAUCGCAGCUCCAGCUCACUAGCUCCUCCGAUGGUUGGCUCUGGAGGUCUGCUGCCCCCUGAUACUCCAGGUCAUAUGCUCCCUCCACCCUCCUCUGCCUUCCCCUGGCUGAGUGAGGAGGGUGAGGGUCCUUGUGUUCCAGCCUUCUCCUUCCCUGACCCUGGCAACCUUCCGGAGCUCUGCCCCAUAUCAAAGCUCCGGCCCGGGCAAGGCCUGCUGUCUCGGCGGCCCCAACCUCCGCGCCUCUCUCUAGAUUACACACUGUUGGCCGAGGGCCUGCAGCCUGGACCCAUCAGCCCCCGGGGAGUGGGAGGUGGAGGGGAGCGGGUGUUCUCCUUUACCCCUCCCUCUCGCACCCCAGCUACCAAUAUCAACAGCUCAUCCUCUAGUAUCAAUGCCACCAGCACUAUCAACACCACCAACCCUAACACCACUACUUCAGCCAACAUCUUGACUGGUACCAACACCACUUCUACAACAAACUUCUGCAAUGGUACCAACACCAACACCACUACUACGUCCAACUUCUGCAAUGGUACCAACCCCAACACCUUUUGUAACCAUGCCAACUUCAACAGCACUAGAGCAGCAGGUAUCAACAGUGGAACCAAUGGUAGUCUAAGCAACAACGUCGUGAACACCAUUUCUGGAUCCUCUCAGCAAGAAGCCAUUCAGCAUCAAAACUCGCCCAAUGAUUCAGGGAUUUCAUUGGCUGAGGGGGGCCCUCACUGGCUGGGAGCUCUGGUAGUGGAUAGUGGGAUGAACAAGACCCCUGGGGGGCGUGAGCAGGACUGAAGAAGGAGGGAGAUGAUUGGACAAGGCCCCUGGGGGAUGGGAGCAGGACUGAGGAAGGAGGGAGUGGUUGGACGGACUCAGGGUUCAGAAGUAGUGUUGACCUACGCAGUCUUUCUUUCAGACUGGAGGGUUCCAGCACUUCCGACCAGUGGUAGUCUUGCGAGGCCAUUCCUCCGACCAGUGGUAGUCUUGCGAGGCCAUCCUUCCAAAUGUGAGCGAAGCCUGGAUGUCCGAGGCGUAGAGGCUGCUUCUGAAAUGUUUAUUGGAAUCCCACAGAGUGGAGAAUAAUAUGACAUUUCUUCUUCAUACUAUUCCAGCUCGUAAACCAGUACAAAAUCUACUGAAGAAAGAAUCGUUUGUUUGCUGAAUCUCAGAGGCCUACGGACUGGAGGCCUACGGACUGGAGGCCGACGGACUGGAGGCCGACGGACUGGAGGCCGACGGACUGGAGGCCUACCUGAACUACUGAAGAAUCUCUCAAUCAUUAACCCCUUCAGAAAAUAUUGACUGAUAACAUUCUGGUCAGAGGUGCCUAAGUACCUCGCCCGUCAAUA